GGCGUGUUCUGGGGGCGGGAGCGGUCCUCAGCUCGACCCAGUUUGAAAGUGAACGGACGGUCCAGUCUCCGCUUCAGACACCAGACGUCAACAAUAAGCCGACUUGUCAACAACAACAGAAAAGAAAAAUAAACAAAAUCCCUGGUCCCAAGUGUGCUUCAGCCUGUCGCCGGCCCUCCUAACGAGCCGCCACCAUGAUGCGAAAGGAUGUGAACAAGCCCAAGGGGAAGACGUCGGCGUACGCCUUCUUCGUGCAGACAUGUCGAGAGGAGCAUCGCAAGAAAAACCCGGAGCAGUCAGUCAACUUUGCCGAGUUUUCCAAGAAGUGCUCAGAGCGAUGGAAGGGUUUGUCUCCCGGAGAUAAGAAGUGUUUUGAGGACAUGGCCAAGGCCGACAAAGUGCGCUACAACAGGGAGAUGAGAGACUACGUCCCACCCAAAGGUUUCGGAAAGAGGGGUCGCAAGAGGAAAGACCCCAACGCACCCAAACGGCCCCCGUCUGCGUUCUUCGUGUUCUGCAGCGAGUACCGUCCAAGUGUUAAGCAGCAGUACCCCGGCCUCUCCAUAGGCGACUGCGCCAAAAAGCUGGGCGAGAUGUGGAGCAAGUUGACGCAGUCCGACAAGCUGCCAUAUGAGGAGAAGGCGCAGAAACUCCGGGAGAAAUAUGACCGGGAUAUGGUAGCGUAUCGAGGCGGGGUCUCGUAUGCCAGGAACCCCGGUUCGUCCGCUCAGGGCGGUGAAGAAGAGGAGGAAGAUGAAGGCGAGGAUGAGGAGGAGGAGGAGGAUGAUGAUGAGUAGGGACCCGUGUGUGCGUGUGUACGUGCGUCCGCGUGUGUGUGUGUGUGAAAGGGAGACAUAGCGUGAGAGAGAGGAGGGGUAAAGUCAAACAGUCAAACCUUUUGCGUUUUUUAGGCAACAUGUCUCCAAGCUGCUGAUUGGCUUAUAAAGUGGCAGGGGCGGAGCUUCACAAGAGGCUCAGUUACAGCCAAUCAGAGGCACUAGUCUUGCCGCGGUGAGAGCAUAUCACCCCAAAAGGCUAAUGCCUUUUUUUAAAAAACAAAAAUUAAUGAAUUACUUGAGUUCUCAAAGCACCUUGCUUCCUGUGUGGUGGGUUCCAGAUGUGUCAGAAACACACUCUGGAUGAGUGAUUGUGCGUAAGUGCGUGCAUGUGUGUGUGAGUAAGGUGAGGUCCGAGGACGAUGAUAAUAGAGCCCCCCCCCCCACCACUGUUGCCAUGGUUACCCCUACACCAGCCCCCUCCCCUCAGCCAUGCUUACCUGUAUGUUGCCAUGGAGACCCUGGACUCUUCAUUGUCAUGUUUUUUUUUUUUUUUUUGUUCACAGUCAAUGUAGAAACAACUUUUAUAAUAAAACAAGAGAGGAAAACGCAAA